AAAUAAAUUAGGGAUUUCUAUAUAUAAAACAAGUAAGACGCUUCCCUCGAAUACCUUCAUCGCUCCUCUCGAAAUCAAAACUCUCAAAGAUGUCGACGAAGAAGAUUGUGUUGAAAAGCUCCGACGGCGAGUCUUUCGAGGUCGACGAGGCCGUGGCUCUCGAGUCUCAGACCAUAGCGCACAUGGUCGAAGACGACUGCGUCGACAACGGGAUCCCUCUUCCCAACGUCACGAGCAAGAUCCUCGCGAAGGUGAUUGAGUACUGCAAGAAACACGUCGACGCCGCCGCUUCUAAGACCGAGGCCGUCGAUGGCGGCGCUUCCUCCGACGAUGACCUCAAGGCCUGGGACGCCGAGUUCAUGAAGAUCGAUCAAGCUACCCUCUUCGAACUCAUCCUGGCGGCUAACUAUUUGAACAUCAAGAACCUUCUUGACUUGACAUGCCAGACGGUGGCUGAUAUGAUCAAGGGGAAGACUCCAGAGGAGAUUCGCACGACCUUCAACAUCAAGAACGACUUUACUGCCGAGGAAGAGGAGGAGGUGCGCAGGGAGAACCAAUGGGCUUUUGAAUGAUCAAGAGAAGAUAGUCUUUGUCGUGUUGAAGCAAACCACCCAGUUUCUUCCUUUACGUUAUUUGUCGAUGACUUCGGGUUCCUUUUUAUUUUCGUGUUUAAAUUUGUGACUGUUCGUCCUCUUUAUUUAUAAUCGAGAACCUAUGUUUGCGCUUUGAUUUAUCUUAAAGGGUGAUGUUGGUUUGCUUUGCAAAUAUC